UAGUCGGUUUCUUCAAGAUUGUCAUUCGCUAAUCCCCGAUUUUUGUCGACUGUGUAGUCUGGCUUUGUAGCGAGUCGAAAAUUUCCCAACAUGUACUGCGCUAUUAUUUUGACCGUAGUGGUUGCAUGCGUUGCCGGCCAGCGGCACGCUGAUGGACCACAGUUCGAAGCCGGAUUACCACUUCGACAAGUCGGAGAGAAGACUGUCCCAAAACUGUGGCCAAAAGCUAAAGUCCCGUAUUCUAUCUCUUCAUCUAUCGUCAGUGAUUCCAAAAUUCGAGCGAUCCGGGAACCGAUGCAGGACAUCGAAGCCAACACUUGCAUUAAAUUUGUCAACAAACGACCGAGUGAUACCGAAUAUAUAAAUAUCCAGACUGACCGAGCGGCGUGUUCUGCACAGAUUGGACAGCAGACAGGAAUCAAUCAGCUUAAUCUCGCAGAUUCAUGCUAUGAUUAUCCUACGAUUGCAUUACUGAUCCUCCAUUCUCUCGGCCUUUGCAACGAGCAUAACCGUGAAGACCGGGAUAAAUAUGUGGAAAUCAAUAUGGAUAAUAUUCGAUCGCUACACCAACGUAAAUUCGAGAAACUCACGCGCGCUCAGUGCCCGGUUCUGGAUACGCCUUAUGACAUCAAAUCUCUGACGCACUUUGAUGGCAAAGCUUUCGGCACCAAGAAGGGAGCGCGUGACUGGACCAUCCGUUCCCUGAAAACACCAUCAGCCACCCUGGGCAACAGCCGUAUCAGCGCUGGUGAUUAUCAGAAACUGAACAACCUGUACUGCGGCGGAAGUGGUGGACGCGGUCGUAGUUAAAUCGAAUUACUGUAUUGUAAUGGAUGUCGAAUUUGCAACAACCAAAAAGCACAAAUUGUUUUACACAAUUGUAGUGUGGCACUGAUUGUUAAAAUAUGUUGUUUGUAUGUACAAUCUCGUACAUUUUAUUGAAUGUGAACCUGAGAACGCAAUACUCCUACAAAAUCAAUAAAGGGUCACCAGUUUUGA